AUGGUCACAUAUGUACUGUACUUCUGUGCGCGGCAAAUGGAGGAUGGGUCUGGUGUGAUACGGAUAGUUUAUGCGAGUGAAGCUAAGCUGCACGGCUGGGCUGUAAUCAUCGGCGGGAGCUCCAAAGGGUUUUACAGUUCUCCUUCGCUCCUCCUUCCCCGGAGGUUCCCCAAACUUGUCAACUAUCCCCAUUCCCAUCCCCAUCCCCAUCCCCCAGUCUCUGCAUUCGAUCCAGCGGCUGUUCUUCAUGUGGCUGUCGCUGGCGGACUGGAGAUGCUCCACUCACACCCUGCUCGCUCGUCCACUCUACUUGUUCGAAUCCGGUACCGCCCCGCCGCCCGACUGAUGAUGGCCGCCCAAGUCCGGCGGCAGCUUACGACAACUGCACCCCCAUCACCAUACAAGCGUACAGCAGCAGCACACGAUGAAACCCUUUUUCGGUUCACCCGCGGCCGAUUCCUUACCGACGAAGCCAAUGAACUGGCCAAGAGACACAUCCGUUUCAACGUGGAUGGACUCGCCCGCUUAGCCGUCCAGGCCGCCGAGGCUGCAAGUGAUGGGCCGCGGACGUGUAUCGCCAUUGAAAGACUGGCCGACGGGAUGCACAGCAAGGCUAUACGCUUCACCAUGGACAAUGGGUUCCAAGCUGUGGGUAAAGUUCUGACUCCGAAUGCUGGGCUUCCGCGCUUAACCACUGCCUCGGAAGUCGCGACUAUGGACUUCAUGCGCAGCGUCCUCGGUACGCCAGUUCCCAAAGUUCUCUCGUGGUAUUCUUCGGCCGACAAUCCGGUGGCGGCGGAGUACAUCCUCAUGGAGAAUGCACGCGGCGUGCCACCGAGUAGCCUGUGGGACAAACUGGGUGUGCGGGUUAAGUUGAAGGUGCUUGAGAAAGUCGCCGCCUACCAGCAGCGCUGGUCCCAGGCUCGCUUUACGCAGUAUGGGAGUCUGUACUACCGAGGGGAUCUCGAACAGUCAAGUUCCAGUCCCGGCCUCCAGUACACGGACAAAGAUGGGAAUUAUGCUGUUGAUGAGAGGUUCGCUGUGGGGCUUUCGGUGAGUCGGCAAAAUGUAGAUGACGGCAGGGCAGACUGAUCACUUUGUGCGGGCGCAUGUAAACCCGGAGAGACAGACUUUGGGGGACCGAUAUCGUCUGGCUGGAUGGGGUGGAUGCUCGGGCAGUAAUUCCGGGGAGGGUAGAUCGAUCUUCCGAUUCGUGCAGCUGCUUUCGUGGAGAGGGUUUCGUCUCAGCUUGUGCGACUGAAAUCAGGAUCGAUGGUGUGCGCAGGGCCCAGGAGGCUCCUUUCACACGUGGGUGUUUGAGUAGCAUGCUCGUCAUUGAGAUUCUUGCGUCGAAGGGAUUCUGCUCACACAGGCCACCUACGCUGACAAGAUGUAUUGAUGGAGACUACAAUGCUGUACACACAGACUCCGUAAGGAAGUCGGAUGCAAUGACCGGAUAUAUGAACAGUGCAGAGCCGAGUAUAUUCAAUAUGAUCUCCUACAAAACGUCCGAUGAC